GGAUUGGUUCCAGAAGUUCUGCUUAAGGAGAGGCUCGAAGUGGAGACAUUGGACUCACUAGGAAUCAUACAGUCAACAAAGGCUUUUAAUCAGAAAUAUGUCAGGACCAAGACUAAACUAUUGUAAGUAUAUGCUGAAAGGUCAACUUCUCAUCCUUAUAAAAUGUUUGAUUUUCAUGGUUAAGCAGUUAGUUUUUAAGAUAACAUACCAGUAGUUUUCAAUUGACAAGCAUAAUCCAACAAGCUUAAGUAUCCAUAAGCUUUACUUUUUAUUUGUCUUAAUGAAUGAUAUUUGAAACAUGGCUGUGCUCUCCCCUUUACUCGAUUUAUGUCUCAGCAAUCACUCACUGUUUAGCAGCUUUCUAAACUUGCAUCUGUCAGACAGGCUGAUAAAAGCCAACAGUAGUGUGAGUCAUGUGGUGUGUGUGCAUUACAGGUUUCACUGAGUAGCAAAAUGUUAUGUUUACUUUGUAAAUUGCUAAUUGCUAGAGAACAACCCUGCUGAGUGUUUUCUAGUUGACCAUUAUUGGUUCUUUUUAAGUAUAUGUUGUAUCUGAACUGAGGCUGGCAAUUAAGUGGAUAUCUGGUAGAUGCCCACUGAUUCUUUUUAGGCCUAAAAGGUGUCAGUGUACUCUGGUGGUUUGGUAUUUUUCAUGCAGAUUUCUUUACUUCUGUUGUUGUUAUUUUCAUUUCCUUAGCUAUAAGCAGCAGAAAUUUAAUCUUGUGAGGGAGGAGAGUGAGGGCUAUGCCAAACUGGUGACAGAACUGGGACAAGAAAUCAGUGGACAUGUCACCAGUGAGAGAGUUCUGGAGAACAUCAAGUCUCUAAUAGGUCAGGAUAACUGUUAGAUACCAAACAAGUGCAGAACUGUCAUUGAGAGCUGGAAGAUGUCUGAAACAGGCGGCUAGUCUACCAUCUUCAGCCAGAUACUUCCACCUAACUUAUUAUAGUUGCUAAUGAAAACUUGUGUAUUUCAUGACUGCAUUCAUCACUGUCAACAUAUAUUGUUAGUAGCCUUUUUUGUAAAAUUUGAAUUGAGACCAUGACAUCAAUUAACCCUUUAACUCCCAGAAGUGAUUUACAUGUAACUUCUCCCUAUAAUAUCCCUACAGUAUCCAACAAACAAUGAGGUGACUCAAACUUAUCAGUUAGAGGUUGUUAUCAUGAUGUAAUACCAAAUUCUGGUAACUUACUCACAAGAAAAUGUGUAACAGCUAGAUGGGAGAAUUAAUAAUCAGAUCUUGGGAGUUAAAAGAUUAAUUAUUAUGAUUUUUUUUUUUCAGGGCGGUUCAAUCUUGAUCCAAACAAAACUCUUGAUGUCUUGCUGGACUCGUUUGAAUGCCGCAUUGACAUAGAAGACUUCUUUCUUCCCCUUUUGAAAUCAUACAUGGAGAAAUGUGAAUUCACUGCCCUCUGUCACAUCAUAGGCUUUAAAUUCCAGUUUUAUAAGGUAUGGAUUUUUGAGAGAAAAGAAGUUUUAAGAUUGACUCUUUUAGGAUUAAAUGGGAAUUUCUCUCUAAUAUUGUUUUUGUGACAUUCUUUUGUUUUAGGAGCAGCCUGACUUGCCCACCCCUCCGUCACUUUUCCAUUUGACAGCUCUGCUUAUAAAGCAUGGUCUACUCAACUUGGAUGACCUUUAUCUUUAUGUAAGUAAAAACAAAACCCAACAGCAUACAAUAGAAAAGUAUGACUUAAUUUUAAGUGUCUUUUUUUUUUUUUUUUUAACACUUUUUCAUCUACAAAAGGGAAAGUGAGGUGCUCACUUUUCCCCAAUUUUGGCCAAAUUUGACUGGCCUGUUAAAUAGCUGCAAAGAUGGUACUCAUGUUAGUGUUUGCAAACUUAAUGUGGUCAAUCUCUGAACCACCUAUGGCACAUGACUACAGGUGCAAAGUUGGACAAAAUAGACUACACAUGACCAGUGCAAUAAUACUCCGGGGAGGAAGGAGAUGCCAGUGCAAAGAGGGGUGGAGGGAGCUUGUGUUUUAAAUUUUUGGCAGAUAUAAGGUCUACUCAUUCAGUUAAAGUAUUGGAGGAGAGCUGAUUGAAGGGUGCUGCUUAUUGAAGUGGAGGGGCUAGUUCAACAGUGUCCCAUUCUUUUUUUUUUUUAAUUUGACAGCUACCAGACAUGGUUCAUAGGGGAUCACUUUACUUUUACUUCGUAUUUUCAGGGAGUAGUUAUGUAGAGCUCUUGCAAGUAAAUAGAUGUUAGAAGUUCAUUUUUCUUUCUCCAGCUCAGUCCUUCAGAUGCAGACAUUGUCACCAGCAACACAACAAGAAUGGAUGAAGCCAAACAGGAAGCAAGGAAGAUGAACAUGGCUGUCUUAGCGGUAAGUCUUUCUCAAUUUUGAAUUUCCAGUGUGCCUGUGUAUUGAAUGCUGUACCAGAUGAUAGAUGGAGUACAAUGGGUUGUUUGCAGACAUGGGACCUGUUCUUAUGUUGUACACUUAGAGGUUUUCUAUCUGCAAUACUCACAUGUACAUUUGAUGCUAUGUAUUUUUUAUUGCAGGAAAUUGCUGCAGCAAAUAAUGAAGAAGGCAACAAGGAAAAUAAAGAAAAUGAUAAACCUACAAUUGUAUGUUUUUUUACUCUUGUUAAGGAAGAUAAAAGAACAAUCUUUUAUAUUGUAUUGGUUAAUUGUCAUUUAUCCAGAUCUGUAAAUUCACCAGGUUCCAGACAAUCAGAAGUUUGGUUUGUGUGAAGCACUGUUGAUGGUAGGUGCGUGGAAUAAUGCUUGUUCAAUUCUGGACAGAUUACCUCAGUUUGCUGCUGUGUCCCAUCCCCCCAUAGCCAAGGGAUUAUGCAAGCUUAUUCAUACAACAAUUGAACCUCUGUAUCGAAGGUGAGUUAAAAGCUAUUUAGAGUACGGUUCCUCUCUUGUGUGUUUGACUGUCUAUUACAUGCAGGGCAAAGUUACAGAAUUCUUAUUAGCUGAGACAGAGGGCAUUUUUUUCUUAAUCAUGAGAGCACUUUGCCUUCAUCCCUUUGCGACAUAGGCAUGUUUGGGAAAACUUUGAAAAUAUGCAUGAAAUUAAUCCUUUAUUGCCAGAGGGCCCAUGUGACUAUAUAUAAAAAUCAAACAAUCAAGUUUCCUUGCAACUUUUCUUAAGGAUUUGAAUCUUAAAAUGCUUCUUAAGUUUGCUGGGUUUUAAGAGUUGUUGACAGAGACUUGAUCUUUCUUCAGACAUGCUUCCAAGGCAGCUAGAGGACGACCUUAUGCACCUGUUCCAGGGGGGCCUCCACAAUGCAAAAUAUUCACUGAUCUUCCAGACUUUGUGUUUUCCAUGUUGCUUCAUCUGGGCCCUCAUUUGUCCACUGAUCCAAUCCUUAUGGCAAAAAUCCUGAGGAUCAGUAAAGGGUUCAUGAAAGAUGUAAGUAAAGGAUUUUUAAAUGUAUUGACACUCAAGAUCUUGAGUGAUUUUUUAGCUUCUAUUCAUUUCUUUUAAGUAAGUUGAAGCAGUAUCUCAGAUUGCAAGUUUGGGGUAUCCAGGAAAAGUUAGUGCUACAUGUAUUAGGACACAGAGAAGAGACACAGGUCUUCUAUUAGAAAUUCUACCUUAAAUUUGAGAUGAUGGAAAGGUCGAGGUACACACCAAAUCUGAUUUUCAUUUCUACUAUCUAGUCUCUAUGAAAUUUUUGCAGAUCAAUUUUAGGAAUUUGGCAUUAUAUCAGGAAAACACUUGCAAACUGUCAACUUUCUCUUCUCUCAUCACCUGUUUACUUUUAGAUUUAUCUAUAUUGGUUAUUGAAGUGGUUAUGCAUUGUUUGUAUUGGUCAGUUACUGUUGCUCUGUAAAUUCCAAAGUAUUUAAGACAAACGCUCAGGCUGAUUUUAUGGUUACUCUGACAAAAGUAAUGAAAAUCUAAGACAAUUUAUGUUAUGUUUCCUCAAUGAUGGUUAAUCAAAAUCAUUGAGUAUAAUCAUGAUAGCAAAACAUGGCUGAUGAGGAAACAACAGAAAUGAUAUUUCUGUUUGGGACACACAAGAAAUAUUUUAAAUCAGAAAAUUUGACUGGAAAUGUUUCCUUUUGUGUUGAAAGCAUCCAAAUGUGUUUGAGGAAAAGGAGCAGAAUUCAGCUCAGGUUUGUUUGUGUUUAUUAUUGGUAGUCUUAAUAGUGAUUAACUGUAGAGUUCUGAAAAUUUCAAUCAUUAAUAGUUCUCAAUAUUCAAUUGUGGUUGUGUUCAUAGGAAUAAUUAUUGGCAAUAGUAGUUUCAUUUCCAUAGCCUUUUGCCUCUUGAGAGUGACUGGCAUCUAAUUUCUCCCUACAAUGUAACCCCCAAAACACACCUUAAGUUCAUGAGAUGAAAAGGAAAUUAUCACCAACCAAAGAAGUUCUUGCUUGUUAAACAAAUUCUCCUUGUCAUCAUCUUAAGAAAUGUACAGAGAACAGUAUGGAGAAUAUGCAUGCUGAUGUGAGGUUGUAUUGGGUAAUGAAAGCUCUUCUCUUUUCUGUGUCAAUUAAUCCUUCCAUCCCCUUUAGAAGUUGGCUGCCAGUUUAUGUAGUUUGUUGCUGUGCUUUUUUGCACUGAUUCAAUGCCUAAAUUCCUCAGAUUUGUCACAUACUGAUCUUGUGAAGAAAAUUUGUCAAAUUUUUGUUAAAUUGUUCAGAUUGUGCUGAUGUAUUUACUUGACUUGAUCUGUAGGUUGAGAAAGUCUGGUGUGGGUUUUUGACCCUAAUGGAUGAAGUCCUGUUGCCAUCAAUUUCAUUAUUGGAAUGUAACUCCAGUUUGGCUGAAGAACUUUGGGCCAUGUUGUGUCGUUUUCCAUAUGAGCUCAGGUAUAUCAUGUGUGUCUUAACCAGGAUUUAGGGCCCACGGAUCUAAUAGAGUGAAAAAUUAAAGUCUAACCCUGCUGUUAUUAUCCUAUAAAGAUUGUCCCUGGUAAUGUUAAGCAUGAUAGGUCACGGUUUUUCUUUAGCAGAAUGCAGAUAAUACUGUCAGGAGACUAACUUUGGUCUUUGAGUGACUUGUAUCACUUCCCCAUAUGUGGAAGCUUAUCAGCACUAGGUACCUCAAAUUUCUGACACCCCAGCCUUCAGGAACAUUGUGGUUCUUGUGGGUGCACAGUUUUGUCUAUGGAUUCCACUCAAGAGAAUUCUCAAGGUUAUUUAAUUCUAUUAGGGAAGUGUAGCUCAAUUACAUGAGAGUUAUUGAUGUCCUCUUCUCAUAGAGGAACUCACAUUAUCUUUCAAUGCUGCAAACUUCCAAGAGAAACUGUGGAUUUUCUGAUGCUGUGGCUGGAGAAAUUGCCUCUUCAUUCGUUCAUCCACAAACAGUCAUCUUAUUAAAAUAACUUGUAAUUCAACAUGUUGAAAACAAUAUAGUUAUUUUUUCAUGCUUGUUUUUUUCUAAACAAAAUUCAAUUAUGUCUCUUGUGUCAGGUAUCGCCUCUAUGGCCAGUGGAAAAAUGAAUCUUACAGCAACCAUCCUAAAAUGGUUGUAGCAAAAGCAGCCACAAUAAAGAGAGCAAAAUACAUUACUAAGUAAGUUACUGUUAGUGUAGUUUCUGAAUUUGAUGGAAGGAGCUGCCAAAGGCUAGACUUUAAAAUAAUUUUUAUGUUGUCAUUGCUGUCCUCAGGAGGUUAACUAAAGAAAAUGUCAAGCCCUCUGGAAGGCAGAUUGGCAAAUUGAGUCACAGUAAUCCAGGCAUAUUGUUUGAAUAUGUAAGUUUGCAGCAAUUUAGAUAUAAUGUGCUGUACAAGUAUGCAGAAAUGAAAUUAAGAUGUUUCUACACUUGUUUGUCAUCAUUGAUGCAGUGUUUUCAUUAGAGCUGCAAAAUGUUUGUACAGUUGCAAAAUGUUUGUACAGUUGCAAAUGAGUAAAGGGGGAAAGUUUCUUAAGAAACUGAGAAGCUGUGGUGCUGUGUCGGUGGGAGAGUAUAACAGGGUAAUUUAGUGUUGUCAACCAAGUUAUAACUUGGUAUUCACUCUCAUGAAGGGCUAAUGCUCAAAAUCUUAAUGGUGGCCAAUUUAUGUUAUCAGCUCCGACUGCCACGCCUUCUACAUUGGUGAGACUGGCAGAAACCUCACAACUAGACUGACUGAACACAAAUGAGCGACAAGGAAAGGCAAUGUCAACAAUCACAUUGCUGAACAUCACUGACUUACGAACCACACUAUUGACUGGGACUCUGCGCAAUGCCUAACCUACAGCACCAACUACUUUUGAUGACUGACCCUGGAAAGCUGGUUUACUAACUUGGAACAGACUCCUCUCAACAGGUGUCAACCAUUACCAGCACCAUACAAACGACUCAUCCACGACAUUAACAUUACAAACGAACCGAAAAGAACGACCUAACUUCACUAACAGAUCCAAACCAACCAAUCAUGACUGACCUAUGCCACUAGAGUCUUACAGUCAAUAACAUCACGGCAAAACUGACCAAUCAGUGUACACAAACCGGACUAAGUACAUUCGACUGACAACAACCUUUCACUUGACUCUGAUGAUGACUUCCGCUCAGGUUGUCGAAACGUCAGUCACCACUACUGGCAACAGUCCUUCUCAGGACUACACUCACCUGGACAAUCAAACUACACUAUUACAUUAUCAACUCAGUUGAUACACUAAAUUACUCAGCAAAUGAGUAACCCUAGAUGUGCCUGUCUUUUUUGUUUUGCUGUCAAUUUUUAGUUCUGUUUACAGGUGUGAGGUUUGGUGACUGUGUGGCAAGCACCUUGCCCACUCUUUGCCUUCUUAGAACAAUCGUUGUGAUCUCAUGACCCCAUUAUUCAUCCACAGCUCUUGUCACAAAUUCAGAAGUAUGAUAACUUUAUUGGGCCUGUGGUGGAUUCACUGAAGUACCUCACUCCUUUGGCGUAUGAUGUUUUAGCUUGUAUCCUAACUGAAAGAGGAAUUUUAUUGUCUUUAUUCUCCCACUUUUUGCAUAAGGUCAUAAAGAUUCUCUUCACUUAAAUGCCUUGUCAGGGCACAGCUGUACAGGUUACGAAACAACAGAAUUUCUACAUGUAUGUCAUCUAUAUUGUAGUUGAAAUGGCAGACCAGCAUACAUGGUAGCUUUACUUAAACAGUAGGUUAAAUGUUAGCAAGUUUGCAGUUGCUAUUACUCGUUUCCUUAACAAGAUGACAGAUUGUAUCAUUGAGGCUUUAGCAAAUCCUGAAAGAGAAAGGCUAAAACAUGAAGACACUAACAUCUCUGAGUGGCUCAAAAGUAAGGUCCAUCUUAUUGUAACUUUCAACACUGUUAUUUUUCACAUGGUUUGUGAUAUUUACAACAUCAAGUUCAGUGGCCUGAGGAUCUAACUUCCCAUAUCGUAAGUGGAAAGGAAGAGGGACGUGCAAUUUGUAGUUUCAACAGACAUUAUGAAUGAAAAUGCAAGCAGGUAGCUGAGUAGAAAUCCUUAAUUAAUCAGCUGGGAAAUACUUUCUUGAUGUUGGCCUGUGAAUCAGCUUUCCUGGGGUAGGGGCAGCUGGGUUGGAGAGAGCUUCCACACAAGCUAAACUGGUGUACAACUGAAUUCUUCAUUGUUUUGUUUCAGGUCUAGCUGUAUUUUGCGGUACUGUAUUCCGAAAGUAUUCCAUUGAGCUUACUGGUCUUCUGCAGUAUGUGGCCAAUCAGCUCAAAGCUGGAAAAAGUUUUGAUUUGCUGGUGUUGAAGGAAGUUGUUCAGAAAAUGUCUGGAAUAGAAAUAUCAGAGGAGGUGACAGCAGCGCAACUUGAAGCUUUGUCUGGUGGCGAACUUCUGAGGGCUGAGGUAAAUAUGUUUUUAUUGUCUGCUCUGUGAGGCAACAGAAGCCAGUAGUGAAUGUAUUGGACUCCAGAUUGGAGAUUGUGGCUCAACUCCUGAUUGAGUCUUUGUGUUGUGCUCCAGAAGAAGACAGUUUUCUCUCACAGUGCCUCUUUCAAAUUAGAAGUACAAAUGACAACUAACAAACAAUGUUGUGGUGAAGGCUACAUGUACAUUUAGCAAGCCUUUCAGGGAGAGUGAUAAUACCCCUUGUUGCCACAUGCCAUGAAGACUAAGAUAAGGGCAGUAACCAGUAACCCUUUACACCCAAGCAUCAGUUUGCAUAUUCUCCAUACUGUUCUCAAUGUAUUUCCCAAGAUGCUAAUGAGGAGAAUUUGUUUAAAAAUUAAGAGCCUCUUUAGUUGUUGAUCAUUUCCUCCAUUCUCAUGACCUCAAUGUUUGAUUCGGAGCUGAUAUUGUAGGGAGAAAUUAGAUGCUAAUCACUCAUAGAGGUUUACGGAAUAAAGGAUAAUGAUGCCUUUUAACAUCAAUUGUAGGCAAGUUUCUACUAACUUUUCUUCACCUCAUUCAUGUUGUUGACAAGGUUUACGGUAACAUAGCCAACAGUUGUGUCAAUGUUUUUUUCCCUAGGGUGGAUACUUUGGCCAGAUUAGAAACACCAAGAAAUCUUCCCAGAGGUUGAGAGACACUCUCAUCGAGGGAAAGUUAGAUUUGCCGCUCUGCCUGCUCAUGGCUCAACAGAGGAAUGGCAUUGUGUUUUUUGAAGAUCCUGAUAGACAUCUGAAGCUUGUUGGAAAGCUCUAUGACCAGGUAUGAUUGGAAGUUUUCAUUGCACCGAUGGUUGCAAAUCCAACAAACUUAAAUUUCCGUGAAUGUCUCUGCCCUAGUGGAACUAUUCAGUUUAAAACGGUGCAGGUGUUCUUUAUAGUUCUCGUGAAUCUUCAAGCAAAUUUUGAACGGGGAAUCUACGUCUAAACCUGGUAUUGGUAAAAUUUGCAUUUAAUUCCAGUCUUUUCCAGUCAAAUGUCUUCGGUGGUAAUUAAAUAAUCUUACGAUUUUUUUUGUCGUUACUUUUUUGCGUGAAAUAAGCUGAAUGUAGCUAGCUAAAGAUGACAGACCGACUAGAAGUUUUGACCGCCUAACGACUCCUAUGGACAACUCUGUACGAGUGCUGUGUUUUCAAUAUCUUUUACUUGAACUGUAGAAAUUCUUUUGUUUUCUAGUGCCAAGACACCUUAGUACAGUUCGGUGGCUUUCUCGCCUCGCAGUUAACUGCUGAAGAAUACGAAUCACACGUACCGUCCUUGGAUGUUUUAGGCCAAAGUUAUCAUCUAACUCCUGACGUGGCAUUCUUUCUGUCUAGACCUAUGUUUGUCCACCAGAUAGAUGUGAGUAUUGAAAAAAAAGAUGUCUUUUUUUUCUGAAAAAUGAUAUUGAAGUUAAGAUCUCAAUUCUAAGAUAUUGAACAAAGGCACACUUUUUUAGUGUAUUGUUCUGUACUCACCUCCUAGAUUAAGUACGAAGAAGCAAAGAAAGCAAUAGCUGCCAAAGGAAAACAGCUUCAACAAAAAGUGAGUCGGUAAACCAGAGCAAAGUAAAGCUUUUUUGAGAUGUUAUAUGACUGACUCCGGAGCCGAUAAGAAAGUAAGCGCAGUGAUUGGUAUCCAAUCCCUGCGCAGCGAUUGGCCGGAUUUCAGUUAUAAACCCAAUCAGGUUCAACUUCUGCGUGCAGUUAUGACGGAUAUUGAUGCACAUGUAUGAUUUUUCCAAGAAAAGCCCCAGACGAUUUCAGCAUUUGGACGAUUAGCCCCCAGUCUCUGGACGCCCCAACCCACCAACCUUGAAAUAAACUAUGUUCUUGCCCUUUACUUUUUAAACGUUUCCCUAUCAUAUAUUAUGAAAUAAAUCAAGGUUUGCUUUUUGAACGUCUUGUUGCCUUGUUAUGAACGUUUUCUGCGUGUAUCGAAUUAUAAAGUGAACUGUGUUCUUUCUGUUUAUAUAUUCUACAAAAAUGAACUGUGUUCUUUCUGGACGAAUGUUUCUCCGUCAUGUUGUUUAAAUAAAACCAGGGACGGCUUUAACUUAUUGGCGACUACUUGUUGAUGUCAAUCGGGCGUGUCGCAGGGAUUACCGCAAUAAAACCGGUGCGUCUAUCGACUGGUGGUACAACCCAUGUAAUUUAAAUUGAGUAAAUUUUAUAGCCAUUUCCUUGGCCACAAACUUAAAAGUCAAUGACCAACAAAUGAACGUAACUUCUCCUUUACAUAAACUAAGUGACUAAUCGGGGACUGGGGGCUAAUCGUCCAAAGAAAUCGUGAAAGGGGCUAAUUGUCCAGGGGCGAGUGCUGCGGAUUUUAUCGCCAUAAUGGUUAAGAGGGCGGGACAAUGGUUCAGUGCUGGGUUUUUUGGUUGUUGGUCAGGGUUUUUUGUUGUUGUUGUUGUUGUUGUUGUUCACACACCGACCGUAGAAGGCUUGUUUCGAGUAGUCAGUCAGUUCAACGUAACUGCAAGGAUAUUGAACGUUCUGCACGCAAACAAAGAAAUCUGUCUGAUUUUAUAACAACUGCACCUUAUUUUAAUGCUUAAAAGUAAGCUUUUCACAGAUAUUUCAAUGAAUUCACCUGACCUGCAUUCCCACAACAGAUAACAUUUAAUUUGUUUCUGUACAGCAAAUUCUGCAGUGCUACAUUGAAGCUGUGAAUUCUGCGAUGGAGCCUGUGUUCCAGAGUGCACGGCUCUUGCAGGCACCAAGAGUCUGGAACAGUAUCAGGUGGGUUGAUCAGUGUGUAUCUUCUCCCUUUCAUUCUAAUACAUUGUCACGCAAACAGGUGGCGAGAAUGGACCAAAUAAUCAGCAAGGGAAUAAUAUCUUGGCAAAAGAUUGAUUCGAAAUCUCUUUACGAAAGCACAAUAGCAUGUAUGGGGAUCAGAGAAGAGAAUUUAUCGUUAAUUUAGAUCGAGAAAAGGUUGAAUGUUGCAGUAAAAAGUUGCAACAAAGAUUUACUGAAACUUUUGGAAUAUCAGAUUUUCAAGAAAAAAAAUUAAACUGAAAACAAACAAACAAACAAACAAACAAACAAAGAAGAAGGACAUAAAGUACAUUCUUCAUCUGCUUUGGAUGAAAAAUAACAAUUCUAUGGUUGGUUCACAUUUCAGUCCUCAGUUGUAUGUGACUUUCUGGGCGCUGUCCAUGUUUGAUCUGUAUGUACCAUCCGAGAGAUACGAACAGGAACUGAAUAAAUUGAAACAACAACAAGCGCAGCUGGAUGAUAACAAGGAUAUGGUAAGUUUUAUUAUCAAACCGAAGGUCUUGAAAAGUUGAAUCAAAUUUUGAUUUUCUGUUCCAAUCACAUCUGAUAGUUUUUGUGAUGUCUUUUUGUCUUAACGGGCUACCCGUGCUCGGCAAAGAUUGCAGCAGAAAUGCUUCCCCUUUUGCUAGUUGAGAGCAAUUUCUUGAAUCAGUGUAGGCGUGAAAUAUGUUUUUUCUCCCGGGGCCCCCUAUUGAUACCGGCUUAGAGCUGAAAGGGCCACCCUGCCUAAAUAAAGAUGACUUGACUUGAGUGUUUUGUGAAGAGGUCCGUGAUCGAGCAAGGACUAAGUUGCGUGUUGUGUUCUGGGGUUAGAAACUUUGCCCUAACAGUGGUUCCUCUCUAAAUCAAAGAGAUUAUGGGCCUGAUUUAUGUAAUUCUGUGCCAUUCUGUUAUUGUUAGAUCACAAAGCUCCCAAAAAUUGACCGUUUGAGACUCCUUAAUUAAUGAGAAUUGUCUGUGUUGAGCCUCAGUUGAGUGUAUUUAGUUAAAGUAUGUCAUGGUUUUCACAGCCGGUCAGCAAAAAGAAGAAGGAAAAAGAGAGGUGUUCUCUUUUAGUGGAAAAAUUGAAAGAAGAGUUUAAACAACAGGAAGAACAUAACCAAAGAGUGAUGGCAUCGCUGAAACACGAGAGAGACUCAUGGCUGCCAGCAAGUAAGUUCAAAGUUAUCUUGAGGACGUCUCGGUGUAUUCCUGUGGAAAACUGAAAUUUAUGCGGGAUUUUUCAAGUUCGUUGUCUGUAAUCCGUUUUUGUUGUUUUUAUUCUUAGCUAUCCUUCUUGUUUCUUGGUUUGUUACUUCUUGUGUUAUGUUUCGGCAUCUCUAGCUCAUUAUGUUGUGAGCUUUUUGUGGCGCUUUGUUCUGGAAACUCUUGUUACGCAUCUGAGUUAUAAUUUAUCUCUUUUAGAAGCGACAAAGAGUGAGACCAUUACACAGUUUCUUCAGCUCUGUAUGUUCCCGAGAUGUGUGUUUACUGCGAGCGAUGCUGUGUACUGCGCCAAGUUUGUCCACAUGCUGCAUAAUCUCAAAACGCCAAACUUCUCAACACUGCUCUGCUUUGAUAGAGUAAGUGGCAUUUCAGUUCAUUUAUUAGAUAUGUAUUCUUUUUAAAGGGAGAAACUUUACGUUACAUUAAUUUUUUUUUCAUUUAAGGUAUUUUCAGAUAUUUCCUACACAGUAGCCAGCUGUACAGAAAAUGAAGCCAGUAGAUAUGGUAAGUUACAUGAACGAAUAUUAUGAACCAGUAUUACAAAUGGAGCAAUUUUCCAAUUGGAAGGCUAAAGUGGUUCGGGAUUGCGUUGUUGUUACUUGACCGCGAUUUGUGAUUGGUUUGAAAAAAAAAACAACGCCAUUUUCUCAACCAAUCAGAUGAAAAGCUGAAACAAAUCUCGACAGAGUCACCCGCGUUUUCCCGCGCUUCACGCUUAUUUCAUGUGUUUGCUUUGAGUUCUUGAAUUAUAUUUCGUAAAAUAUUUACAUUUUUUUUUCGUUUGGCCGAUGACGUGGUUAAAAAAAAUAUAUUAUCAGCUGGGAGGCAUUGCCUUGAUAAAAUCAGAAGGAGAAGUAGGAGCGUGUCUCUGUGGAGAGUACCAUAUUUGAGUGCUAACCUUAGAUUUUUUCCCGUGAUAGGUCGGUUUUUAUGUUCAAUGCUUGAAAUAGUUAUGAGAUGGCACGGUGACAAGAAAACAUACGAUAAGGUAUUCUUAUUUUGUUGUUGUAUCUGCUUAUCUUGUCAUGUGAUACAUUUAAAAUUUAGUAAUUUUUUUAUUUGCUAUCAUCUCUCCUUUCAAAGUCUGUUAGUUUCCCAGACAUGGCCCUUUGUUUGUACUAGGUCACUGAAAUACGUUCAUAAACAAACCCUUAUUGGAAAAACUUUUUCCCUUGAAUGUGUGGUAAUUCUACAUAUCGUUUAGCUAUUUAGUGAACGCUCAGGCUGUAUAGUGUUCAGAAUACAAUUAAAAACCAGAUGGCUUUUGUCACGUCCAAGAAAGGCAAAAGUUGGUUAACAUAUAGUAUAUGAGUGCUCUUUUUCGUCUUUCAUUAGGAAUGUGGAACUUAUCCGGGAUUUGUGACAGUUUUAAGAGCUACCAACAACGAUAAAGCUGAUCAUCUAGACUACGAGAAUUACAGACACGUUUGCCACAAGUGGCAGUAUAAACUCACAAAGGUACUUAUAGUAUAUUUCCCAAUUUACUGAAACAAUGCCUACUGCAGCAAUAUUGUAUGGGUCAAAGCGCAGAAAAUAUAGUGCGAAUCUCGAGCUUUGAAAGAAGUUGCUUAGAAAGUGGUACAUCCAUGGGUCGAAAUGCUGACGUAACAGCUUCCACACGCGAGUAAUUCCUAAUACUAAUUGUUUUAUUCGUUCAUAAAUGUUCUAAAACCACUUAAAUGCAGAAUCAAUACUUAAAGGUCAACUGGCCCGGCUUGCGUAAUUUUUUCCGCGCUUUACGCAGGUUACGAGGGUCACAUGCUCUGUUUCAAUUGGUUGUCCGAAGUUUAACUUCUCGUAAGAUUCUGCAGAAGAGCUGUUUUUUUAAUUUAAUUUAGUUUUUUCUUUUUUUGUCGGUUUCAAGUAAGCUAUAGUCGCCGAAAAACCCGAUUGCCAAAUUAUUAAGUCGUAUCUCGUCAUCGUCUUGUUUUUCUGUUCCUCAGGCUCUUGUGGUGUGCUUAGAAUCUAAGGAUUAUACUCAGAUAAGGAACACGAUUAUGGUGUUAACCAAGGUAGGUUCCUAGCCCUGUCAAAUUCAUCGGGCAGAAUGCCUGUUAUUCUCGCGACAUUUACCUGCAGCAGCUGUCUAUAAUAUCAACAGCUAAGCUUACACUGAUUGGUUUUUAUCGCUCGAGAUUUUGGGCCAUUUCCUUCACAGGGAAUAUUUCCCUAACUCAUUACCUCGAUAUCUUUGCAGAGAUCAUGGUAAGUGUUCGUCGUGUUUUUAAUUUGACCCAAUUCUUUUGACAGAUUUUGCCCUAUUACCCCAAAGUGUUAAAUCUUGGUCAAGCACUGGAAAGAAGAAUUGAUAAGAUCUGUGAGGAGGAGAAAGAGAAACGACAGGAUAUUUACACGUUAGCUGUAGGGUACGAGAAUUGGAUUUCUUUGUUGUUGAAUGUUUAGUGGCUUAUGACGGCGAUUUAUGAAGUUUCUCUUUGUAUUUCUUUUCCAAAUUUAGCAGCGGUAUUCCCAUUGUAAUUAUUAUUUUAAUGUUUGAUUUCAUGUCUUUUCAGGUAUGCAGGUCGUUUGAAAGUUAAGAAAAGAGAUAUGGUGAUAGAGAGCGAAUUCCAUCACAAGGAAAAGGUAAAUUUAACUGCAGAAAUUUGUCAAACUUAAUGUUUUUAAAUCUAGCUUUUCAGGUUGGCUGAACGCAGUUGCUUGUAUAGUUUGUUAAUUUGGUCCAGAAAGUAGUGGAACCUCUUUGCAAUGAACACCAUUAAUGCUGUAGAAAGUGUCCCUCGAAUAAAAACGACUCUUGGUAACACGUGCAAAGGCUAAGAGUGGUAUUUGCUACAUUUGGGACACAAAUGAUGUCCCUGAAAUAGAGGUGUUUCAAACGAGAGGUUCAUUGUUGUGGUCUUGUUUUUCGUAGCAAGCUGUACAACAGGUAAAUUUUGGAGAACACAAUUGAUUUAAUGUCUGCCUUCCUCAAACAACUGCCGAAAAAAAAACAUUUGUCGUUCUACCUUGUAAUUUGCACCUUCAUAUGAGGAAGUUACGAGAGAAAUGGAAAAUGUCACGUUGGUGUCAGUUUUCUAUUUUUUGUUACUUUCUAUACGCGGUCUAUCUUUUUUCAGCCUCUUGCAACCACUGCUCCGUCGUCAACUCAGAGUGAACCAGUUACUGUCAAACAGGAAAAAACCGUGAGUUGCAGUACAAGUGUUACAUCUCUAUCAUUAAACAAUAGCCAGCUUUAGGUAUUGGGUUUCAGGAGGUAAACUCGAAUGAUUCAGCGCCGUUCAGUCUUUCGUGCAUUUUUGGUUGUCAGUUUACUCCAUUGAGAAAGUAAAGUGAGAUCUGUGGACGUUUUUUUGUGUCCUUAACACUCUGUUUAUUUCUUUAGGAAGCUCAACCAACUUCCACGGCGACCUCGGACUCAUCAAGUAAGUUUUCCAAGCACUGCAGCGGUUUAAUUCAGUCGCAAUCAUCAUGUGAUUUAAAUUUUUGUUCUUUAUCAUAGAAUCUGCAAAGAACGAUACAGAUGUGAAGCCGAAGCUCUCAGGUUAGAAGUUAACCAUGUCCAAGAUGUUAUAUAGGUUACACAGUGAAGAGAGAAAAACUACUGAAAGAAGUGUGGAUAGUUAACGGAGGAAAAGAUCUUGGAAUACAAGAUGAGGAAAACAUUCAACAUUUUACAACAAGCGUCUUUAGAUUUGUUAACAGUUUGUUUCUUUCUGGUUUUUUUUUUCUCAGCGAACAACAAAAAAGAGCCGGAGAACUCAAAAUCGUCGAGGUUUGUCUCUUUUUCCUUUAAAGCUACCUAUGUCGAAAUUGAACAAACUCUCAUCAGUGAGAAAUUGUAGAAGUUUUUCAAUAAUGAACAGUGUACAAUGCUUUGUGACUUUGCUUCAAUCUAAUGGGCUCUUUUUCUUACCCAGUCCCAACUCGACCAAAACCGACAACACGCCCACAUCUCAAGAAAAAUCAGCUGGCAAAUCAAGUGCAGGCUCAUCCAGUGCGAAAUCAUCUGGCACCAGUACCCCAAGUGGUCAAACUGACUCGCCUGGAAAAAAUACGCCUAGUAACAAGUAAGAUACUGAAUUGAGUCGCUGUAUAACUAAGUGUGUGCUUAUAGCGUUAUUUUCUCUUUAAGUUAAAAAAAAUAGUCACGUGUUUUCGUCGCAAACUUUCUUGGAAGAUGCCCUCUUUUGUUGCAUUAUUUAUUCUGUCAAUCAGAGAAGUGGCUCGGAAAUUAUCGGAUAAAUAGUCCUUAAGGUUAAACGACAAACACUUUUCGGAAUGUCACAGAUUUCUCCCUUUUUUGGGAACGACUGCGAAGGAGACUGGGAAAGGCCGGAAGCUUUGGAUUCGGCGAAAAAUUUUCGCUGUCUGAGCCGCGUUGGUCCAGUUCUGGUUUACCGCAGUUGACACGGGAUUUAAAUCUUUUUUGUUGAUCUUAGAUCCAGCUCUACUGGUGGUAACUCAAAUCAGCCAGGGUCCAAAACUGUUGCGUCAAAUUCAACCUCAAAAGGAACAAAAACACCCACCAGCGCUAAAAACCCAGAAGGAAGUACGAACGGAAGCGACGUGUCUACUAGCAAAAAGACCGAGUCCAGGUGAGUAUCAAAUGUAGUGAAAAGUUUUCUUUGAUUUUUUGUAACUGGAAUAAUUUCCUAUUGAUCUUUUGGUUUCGUCAGCUAAGCUAAGAACUAGAAAAUGCACUGGUAUUCACGAGGACGCAAUUACAAACCAAAAGAUAACGAUUUUGAUAUGUUAUUUUCAGUAAACAGAAGCUCAAGGACAAAGAAAAAGAAAAAGCUACGGAAAAAGAACAAAAUGACAAACCUAAAGAAAAGUUGAAAGGAGAAAAAACAGAGAAGGCUAAGGAACAGAAAACGAAGGACAAAGAGAAAGAGCGAAGUAAGAGUCUUGAAAGGGAAGGAAAAGACAAAGUGAAAGAACGACUGAAAGAUAAGGAAAAAGAACGCUCGGGAAGUAAAAGUAAACAUUCCUCCCCAGCUGUGCCUGAGUCGCCGCGUGAUGGAGAGUACGAAAAAGGUACAGUCAGUUACAGAACACAUUUAGUUCGUAUGGUAUUACAAUAUGAGAAAGAGAGAGAUACCGAUAUAGAACCAAGGUAAUGCCAACGCCGGGCAAGCUGUCAGAAGCGAACUUAUGCUGUUUUCCUUUCGGCUGAUCUUAUAGCGUCUGGAGUAAUUGUCAAUAGAUAAUAUUCUCUGGUGGAUUUAGAACUGGAAGAAAAGCAAGCGAAAUGAGACGGCCUGUGUACUUUAACGUUCGAGCUAGCAGUAAACGUGGCUUAGAAUGUAGUGCUCAGUGCGCUUGACUCUUGAAACAAACCGAACGUGAUUAUACCUGGACAGCGGCCAAAUUGUCUGGGAAUCGUCGAAGGGUUUACCUACGUUGGCAAGUCUUCCUCUUUGAAUGAAAAGAAAUUUCAUGGUCGCUUUGUGAUAGCGAUGUGUGCCUCAAUCCUAAAUUUUGAAACGAUUACUGAAAGCAAUCUUCUAAUCAAUGAAGUUUUUUGGGGUCAUUUUCGUAGAUUCGCUGACAGAUGAUAUUUCUUUGUAAUACCUACCCCGUAAGUUUCCAUAAGUGGAAUCAGAGCUCAGAUAAAAAUAACAAGCAACCCAUCACUGACCUAGUUAUUUACUUGUUUUCUUUCAGAAGCGAAGCGUCGCCGACUUGAAGGCAUCUCUUCGCCAUCUUCACAGGUUUGGGUUGUCAAUUUUUCCUUUUUUCGUUUUUACUGAUCUGUUUGAUUGUGUUGAUAAUUCUUAAAGUUUAAUUCUGUUGCUGCUUUUCCUUAAAAUUAAAAUGAUUGCAGAGAUAUGUUGUGCGAUAUUUCAAUUUUGCUUUCCAGGAGAACUCUCCGUCGCAGGUUGCUGGUGAUUCUGAGUCAUUUAAGGUAAAUUUCCAAUACUUCGUGGAAAAACCAUGUAAAUUGGUUACAGGGUAACUACAUCAAGUGUGUACACAGAAUACCCCCCCUCCCCCACUCAUUCCAGUGCAGUGUUGACUUUUUGCCUCAAACCUUACGUUUAAUGAGAAAAAAUGGUUUUUAGAUACAUACAAAGUUGUUUUUAACUCUUUUUUUGCCUUUUCUCUUAAGAGUCCUGAAAAUCAGGAACGGAAAUCAAAACUGAUGGAUCACGAAAAGGAAAAGACCUUAAAAUCGGACAGGAAACGGGUGGGUUUUGUAGCUGUUUACCAUGAAGUUGUUUAGUCGCCAUGCCUUUGGGGAACAGUUAUUGAAAGAGCACAAUCGUCGUCUGAAAUGGAAGCAAAGUAUUAGGAACUUCGCUUAGCAACCUUUCAUCUUGACGUAAACCGCGGGCUUUAUUAAAGUCAGCGUUAUUUGCCACCAAAUGUAAAACUGUUUCAUGUUAGAGAUCAUGUAAAGUCGCGGUCUUGGAAAGAACUUUUGUGUUCUUCCGAAGUAAGGGCCUAAUUUGUGUAAUCCUUAAUCGGCCCAUGGUCAUUACGGAAGCGUAAUGCCCUGCUUUUAUCUCGCUCUGAGCCAAUCAGAGCGUGCGUUAUAUCGGCCACAAGCUUAAGCCAUUUGAUAAACAGAACACGUAUUACUGUUAUCUUCUGCUUUUCUGACGAUUUGUCUCUGAUUAAUUUCCAUCGUUUCUUCCUUGAUAUAGACUUCGUUAGAACAAGGUGAAGGAAAAGAAGCCAAAAGGAGGAAAGAAGACGGAGAAAAUACAGUUACUGUAUCCAAGACAUCCAAUUCGCACGGAUCAGACGCAAAAGUCAAAGUGAAAGGCGAGGUAAGAAAUGUUUUAUCAUCAGGCGCAACAGGCGCAACAUUUAGGGUGAAUAUUGGUCACGCAAUGUAGUGUGACAGUAAUCAAACUGAAUGAACAGCAAGAAUUUUCAUGAAGCUUUCCAACAGCUGUCACUUGUUCUGUGAACAAAGUUUCUACAGUUAAAAGAUUUUCAAUCCUUUCGUUCGGGAUUUAGGAGAAAUCAAAAAUGGUGAAACUUGCUAGGAAACCACCAGCAGACGGUUCACCUCCUGGAAAAAAGGAGAAGGAAAAAGCAAAAGAUAAAGAAAAAGAUAAAGACCGGGAAAAAGAGAAGGAAGUUAAACCAACUGCGAGUAAAAAGGUAUGGAUAUGGAUAUCGAUUCUCUUUACGUUGGUGUACCUUACGAAAAAUAGUUGUAAAGAAAUUUUACGUACGCCAUUACCUCUCUCUCUUUAACAGAUCGCCUUCCUGGGGUGGGAUGUUGGAUCGAAAUUGUGGUCAAACCAUUCAUUCCUUAUAUUGAACGUACAUACAAUUUACUAUGGUGGUUUGUUUACUUUGCAGAAAGAGUCUCGUCACCUUGAAGUCAAAGACUCUGAACCCAAGGAAGAACAGGAACGGCCAAGGAAACAAUAUCCUUUGUUAACAGUGACUUUAAAAUAAAACAACUCAUCUAUCCUGAGGGGGCUUUGUAGCGUCAAAAAUUCCCAAUUUAUCUUUUAAAUCCUCUUAGAAUCUCCACUUUUUUCUCUCAGAGUCCCUCUCUCCACACGGGAGCAUAGAUGAAAUCUGACAAGAUGCAUAAUAUAUAUGAGUUUCGUGCUCCGUGGAGGGAGGUACUUCCUGGUAAUAGGUUGAUGGGCAUGUGCCGCUAGAUGGGGUGGCAUUUUCAAUAGAGUUGUUUGAACGGGGUCGCACAUUUUCAGGAUUUUGGAAGUAAGGAAACUACGAGAAGUAGGGAUUUAAAACUUGGUAGAUUCGUGGUUAAAAAGUUGUUGCUGCGUUAUCAAAAGUUACGAAGAUGGCGGGGGUCUAUAAUUCACCAUAGAGUAGAGAAUAAUCAGUAGGAGUUCUGAGAAGCAAACGGCACAUACCCAGCAAAAUCUCAAGUACUCCCCUCUUCCCCAUCCCAGAGGGGUUUCUGUAAGAAACUAGCUCCUAAUUUAGAGGGAAUAACAAUACUCCAAUUCACUGCAUGUUACAGAAACCGGGGAUUAGCACUGUCACUGAGUUAGGGCCACUAGGCCUUAUGAUUUGAAAUCUAAUCUAAAUCAAUUUCUGAUUUAGGGAGGAAAGCCUCUUUCAUUGAGCUUUAUUCAUGAACUGAAUUUUUCUCUAAACAUCCUCGUCAACUGUCUUUUCCUUGACUCCUUUUACUCAUUCCAAGUCAGGAUCGAGAAAUCGCAGAACAUGAGUAUGGAAGAUCUGUGAAGUGAUUAUUUCUCUUUCAUUAUUCCUUUCGCGGCACCCAGAAGUAAAUUUUUUUUACAGAAAUAGUUUGAAAAUGUACACGUCUCUUCAGAAAGCUGGGCGCUCCUACAGUGCAGAUUUACACCAAUUUUUUUUAAGCGUUCAACAUCUUGAUGUUGUAGGGUUUUCCUAGAUUUUCCCUCCGCUGCUUAGUCACAGUUAGGGCAGCGGAAGUGACAUUGUGUAGUUGUGAAUAUGUCAGUUUUCAAGUGUUUUAAUUUUUGAAACGUCAUGUUAGAAAUUAGUGUGGAAUAACCAGUUUGUCUGUGGGAGAGACUAUUUUGAAUCCAAGCAACAGAACUGAAUAAAAUUCAUCUUUGUACAG